AUGGUCGCGGAACUUGCGGUUCUUGGGGCGAUAGGCACAACAGCGGGGUUGAUCAGCUUCUUGACCACUACUGUGGAAACGCUGAACAAGAAAUACCAUGACUUUUCCGAAGGGCAGUAUCGUUUGGGUUACUGGAGGAAGCGAAUGAACCUGAUCCAUCAGGAAUUACGCAAUUGGAGGAAUAUAUGGUAUGAUAAGUAUGGCGACCCGUUCCCGGACGACACUUACAGGCUUUUCUGGGGCCAAGAUGGUUUGCAGGAUGUGGACCUGGCAUUGAUCCGCAUCCGAGCAGAGGCGAACCAUAUCAAAGAUUUCUUGUAUUGCAAAGCCAACGACUCUCCAAAAGUUCCUACCUCCAAGAAAGGUCUCUGGACUCAGAUCGUAGACCAGCUAUCCAGUGAGAGGAGGCAGUUAUCAUGCGAAGAUGAUUGGUUAAGAAGAGUUGUCUACGCGCUUUUCCAAGGUUCCCUCCUAAAAGAGCGAAUCGAUCGAUUGAAAGAUGAAGUAGAAAUGUUAAACAAGGAUUCGCGAAGUUUGUACUGGACGCUGCUUGACGAAACCAAGGACUCAACCAAAUGGAUUGAUCCGAAAGAACUAAGCGCGACGAACAAAUAUCUCAUUCAUUCCAGAGACGCCAUUGAUAACAUGGAGUUGCUAUAUAGCGCAGCACAAGAUCGCGGAAAGUGGACAUUGGUGCUAGGAAAACCUUCCCCUGACGAAACCUUGCGCAACCUUGUCGAUGGCUUGGAAUUCGAGCUCGAGUUUAUAAGCCAAAACCAGGAUGGUUAUCAACUCGUCACCGUCACGAUCGAGUCGGGGCUAUCUGAGAAGCGGUUCGAAAUUUCCCAGAUUGUUAAAGAGAUCAGCUUCGAGGGCCUUGGAGCUGCACUGACUAUCAAAGAUCUACUACAGAAGGUUCAGGCGGACGCAGGCCUCCGGAAGACAAGUGAAUGUUCUCUCGGUAUCGUCGCAACAAAAUUAGUGAAGAGUAUAGUCUUGCUCUACAACGCUCCAUGGACGAAAGAUCUUUGUACCUGCGGAAUUCUCAUCGCAGACACGAUGGAACACGAGAAGGACGUCUGCACCUUUCGAGCGAAACAGAGUGGAUGUCACGACCGGGACACUAAGGAGCAGAGGUUCCUGCGUCUUGCUGUAGCACUUGCUGAGCUGUGCAUAGCCGCUCCCAUCAGGUUCGUUGGCCUUCAACAAACACAAAAGCAGUACAGCUUCGAAAUCUGUACAUUCGAGCCGGGGACCACCGCGCAAUCGACACGACGGGACGUUGAGCAGAUUGGAGUGCGGAACUGGAAAAGGGUACAGGAAGAGGAAUUACUGCGAAGGCACUUGCUCGAUCAGAAAAUCUUGGGAAUGCAGCAGUUCGACCAGAGCGCAUCCUUCGAGCACCUGAGGAGAUUGUGGAACCAGUAG